CUCCGGAUGUUUGACGAUGAGAUCUGUUAAUCUACCUCAUUUAGUUGCUCAUUCCCCAUACUGUUCUUUUAGAUAUACAAUUAACCGUCCAAUUCGUGGUUUUCCAUUAUCACAAGACCUUCUUCACCAUAAGCUUAACAUUUCUUAUACGCGUCCCUUUGCUUACGUUAACUUACACACUCUACACAAACACCAACACAAAUUACACAAGCCGCGACGCUCCCUCAAUUUAGAUCGCGGGGCACUACAAGCACUUGUGGUGGGGCAGUCUAAUUCCUACCCAACUAUGGCUACGCAAGAUGUACCAAAGACCUGCAAGGUCAUAUUAGCAGACACCAUUGCUAGAGGUCUCCUCACUGAGGUCAAGGAUACACUGAAGUCUAUUCAGAAAGAUAACGAGGGUCAACCCACCCUAGUUGCCUUCCUUGCCAACGGUGACCCAGCAGCUGUCAAGUAUGCCGAAUGGUCAAAGAAGACUUGUGAAGAGAACGGCUUUACCUUCGACCUGCGUCAAGUAGACAAGGAUAAACUAGAAGAAGAAAUUAUGAAUGCCAACGAGGACAACAAAGUAGAUGGCAUUAUCGUCUACUAUCCCAUCUUCCCUGGCAACCCAGCUCACGACCGCUAUGUUCAGGAGACCGUCUCGCUCUCCAAAGAUGUUGAGGGCCUCUGCCAUAAACAUAUUCACAACAUGUACUACAAUGUCAGGUUUCUGGAUCCUCCACAGAACCUGAAGAAGUCUAUCUUGCCCUGCACCCCGCUGGCCGUCGUUAAGAUCUUAGAGUACCUUCAGAUCUACAACUCUAUCCUGCCCUAUGGAAACCGACUUUUUGGGAGAACCAUCACCGUCAUCAACCGCUCAGAGGUCAAUGGCCGUCCAUUGGCUGCUCUACUUGCUAAUGAUGGCGCCACUGUGUACUCUGUCGACAUAACAGGAGUUCAGCUCUUCACUCGUGGCCAGGGCAUCAAGCAGCCACGGCAUCAGGUUCAAGACAAGGAGGGCUGGACCUUGGAGCAGUGUAUACCCAUCAGCGACGUCAUCAUUGGCGGUGUCCCCACAGAGAAAUUCAAGGUGCCGACGGAACUUAUCCGCGAUGGAACCGUCUGCAUUAACUUCUCUUCUUUCCGAAACUUCGAUGGGCCUGCUAUCAAAGAGAAGGCAUCAAUAUACGUGCCUUCUGUCGGCAAAGUUACAAUUGCAGUGCUACUUAGAAAUCUCGUGCGCUUAAUUGCAAACCGCCCUUCAACUAACAAAGACGGAUCUACCGACGAGAGUACGCAGAAGGCCAAGAGCGAAGCAUUUGUAGAUGGUUAAAAUUAGAAGCCACAAGCUGAUACCCCGAUAUCUCAUAUACUAUUAGAUCUCAUUAGGAAUGCAUGCCCGAGGCGUGCUAUAAAAGGUUGCGGGACUUGAUUUCAAUUAUAAGUUAUUAAAACGACAUUUUUGACUUAACCAUUUAUGCUCAUGUUUUAGCAUGGAUUUAAAACUAAAUAGAGCCUCGACCAUGAGGAAAAGCAAAUAUUUAACCGGUAAGAAAACCUUAAAGCUGAUAGGGUUUAAAGGGAUACCCAGUUGUAUGGAAACUUUGGUAUAUUGAUAAACUAAAGGAAGUCGUACACAUAGACUUGCGUAUUAUAGCG